CUUCCAGCUAGAUUUCUGCGAUUCUAUUGCCAUAGCCCCCGCCAGUUUCACCUUUUCCUAAUACACCAUGCAUCCUGCGGAAGAAACACAGAAGCUUGUUAAAGCGGCCCGAUUAGAGGAGAAACUCCAGCGACCUGAGAACCAACUAAAUGCCUUGAGGCUCCUUCAGGCACUUACAGUCAAGGAGAUAUAUGGUGCUAAGAAACAACUGGAAUUGAUCGAAGUCGGUUUUACUAAGCUCCAAGAAACCAGCAUUACAGAAGGCAACCGCAACGAAAUCAUUGAAAAACAUCUGGAAGAACUCCGAAAGGAUAAAGAGAGCUUUCAGUUGCUCAUAUCCGAGGCGGAAGCAACCACUCAGAGCACCAAAGACGGUCUCGAGGGCCUCAGAGCUAAAGUCAGCGACGAGUAUUUCAAGCUGACCGCGGACAAUGCCAGGUUUAGUAAAGACAUCAAGACCCUCAAUAAGCAGAUUGAUUACCACGAGAACCAACUAUCUACUAUCGAGGAAGCUGUCGAAGAUUUUCACUCGACGCUACCGAAUCCUCAGGACAUCACUAAAAUAAACGAAACGUUGACUCGCUUGGAACCUAUGGUGAAGUCCUUAUACGAGAAGCUCGAUACUGUAUCCAGGAUCACCGUCGACCAAAAGGAAGCAUUCACGGAGACCAUCAACGACCACGCGCGGCUCCGCGAGUUUCUUGAAGCUUUUAUUCCUAGACAAGAAGAGUUUUUCCGAUUUCUGGAAAAGAUACCUGAGAUGAUUUCCUCUAUAUCGUCGGGUGACUUGCCCCUUAAUGGGAUGACGAGCGAGGAAAACCCUAGUCAAUUCGCAAAUUUCGGUUCCUCUGGACCACAACCACCGCAAAAAGCAGUUCUCAUGCUUGAGCAAUACAACCACUUCAGCAACUCGUAUCGAAUCAAGCGGCCCAAGAGCGAGGCUAGAUUCAUCAGACAGUAUCUCAAAAAGAUAGACCACAGAGCCGCGUGGCUGAUCCAGAUGAAGCUUCAGCAGGAAUACCCCGAUCUGGUGGAGCCACUCCAACGCCCAGAAUUAAGCAACAAGACGGACGUGGUGAUAUUUCUCGAUGUCAACAAGUUAUCCUGGAAUCAUGUUAAGAUCAUAAUGCGUCGGAUCAACGGUAAGGAGUUGUUUGGCCUGUUGGAGAUGGAUGAACAGAGGGAAGGCAUGCCCUUGCCUUAUAGUAGACCAAGGAUAGAGACGCUGUGACGGAGUUUCACACUUAUCCCCCUGAUUGCAACGAAAAGCCUCUGGCAACUACACGAAAUGUCUAGCUGUGGAGAAUUGUUGAUGCCAUUCAUAUAUCCCCCACUAUUGCUGAAGAUCUUAGCCAGCCUUCCAAUAUACAUAGACUGGAUUUUUCUGCUACACUUAUGAACAUUUGUACGAGCAUUUCUCUUGUAGCAAAUACCCAGCUUUCCCUUCCAUUUUGCACUCAAUUUGUUCGCUUCUUCCCUUCAAUUCAUUGAACUCCGAAUGCAUGUAAUUCAUUUCAA